CUCAAACUGUGAAAUGUGGAAAGUAAAAUUGUCAUUUUUUUUUCUUCAGAAAAACUAAAACUUGCAUCAGAUUAUGAAAGCAUUUCCAUGCCUUGCAGUUCUGUUGCAAGAAAUGAUGUUGGUGUGGAAAGUGCAGCAGAAAUCCUUCUUUCACUGUCAAAAACAUCAGGAUUGCCAGAGACUGUGCAUGUUAAUGCAGCUUGUCCUGAGAGAGUAGAAGAUAUUCAGCCUGUUAGAAGGGAAUCUUUGGGGUCACCUGUAUAUUCUCCAAGGAAGAAAUUGAGAAUGCUGGCUAGCAAGUGGAGAUCUCGUGCUUUACGUCUAAACAGAGCAGCAUACAAACGUAAAAGUAAACCUGACUAUCAGGCUGCCCCAGAAGUUCAUUGCAAAUGUUGUGUGAGUAACCUUCCACAUAUGCUGCAGAACUUUCUUGCAAUGUUCAAGAAAGAAGAAAAAGUUAUACAUUCACAAGCUGUAAAUAAAUUCGCACUCUCUGUUCAUUUCAUAAGUCCACAAACUUACAAGUUUUUAAGGGGGUUCUUGCCUUUACCCACACCUCGACGUUUGCAGCAAUUAAUUUCAAAAGUAGAUGUUAUACCAGGCCUAAGUAUGUGUAUGCUCAAUGUACUGAAACUGAAGGUCAGUACACUGAGUUACCUUGCUAAAAACUGUGUGCUCUGCAUUGAUGAAAUGAGCAUCAAAUCCAAUUUAUCUUACAGCAUUUCAAAAGAUGAAGUCACAGGAUUGGUAGAUUUGGGCAGUGGAUGUAGGAUGAAGGUUCUGGCACCUUCUGUGUUGGUGUUCAUGAUCAGAGGGAUUUCUGCAAAUUGGAAGCAGCCUGUGUCAUACCAUUUUGUUUCAGAGUCAUGUCGUCCUACCCAGAUAAAACCGUUGUUAUUUCAGUUAAUUAAAGAACUUCAAAAAAUAGGAUUUCUGGUAAGCGCUGUUGUUUCUGACAUGGGUUCGAACUUUGUGGAACUAGCACGUAACUUGGGUGUCACACCAGAUCACCCAUAUUUUGAGUUUAAUGGCUUGAAGGUGCAUUACCUUUUUGAUAUAUCACAUCUCCUUUAAGCUUUCAGGAACAACUUGAUCAAGUAUAGCUUCAAAUUUUUUGGGAAGGAAGCAAAGUGGAGUGAUAUCGAGAGGAUGUACCUUCACGACAAGACACUUGCACUUCGCUUGGCCCCAAAACUCUUUGAUUGCCACAUAUAUUUGAAUGGCUUUUCCAAAAUGAAGGUGAAGUAUGCUGCCCAAGUGUUCAGCCAUUCUACUGCAGCUGCAUUAAAUACUCAUGUUGCAAUGGGUUUACUUCCUGCUAAAGCACAAGGAACAUCUGAUUUGAUCAAUAAUUUUGACAAAAUUUUUGAUUGCGUGAAUAGCUCUACACUUUAUUCUUCAAAGAAGUACAGGUCAGCACUCAGUGACACAUCUUGCCACAAAAAAUUCAUUCUGCAAAUGCUUCUGUUAUUGGAUGAACUGCGUGUGGUUGAUAAACAUGGAAAAGACAUUUCAAAGUCCAUCAAAUGCUUGUAUGGUUGGAAACUCUCUCUCUCUCUCUGCCAUUUUAAGUAUUUGGGAAUGCUUAAAAAAUAAAGAUUUUUCAUUUCUGUUAACACGAAGGCUGAACCAGGAUGCUUUGGAAAAUUUCUUUUGCAAAAUAUGUCAGCGUGGUGGUAAUUGCGACAACCCAUCUGCAAAUCAGUUCAUGUCCGCAUUCAAGCAACUAUCCUUACAAAUUCAACUUCAUGACUCGUCAACUGGAAACUGCUCAUAGGAUUCUGACCAGUGUAUUUUGAGUGUGAAGGAUUUGUCUGAUACUGUAUUGACAUUAAGUUCUGCUGUGCAUAUGAAGUCGGAUUACAGCCUUAGUGUCCAGACUCAAGAUUACAGAUACAUUCAAAUUCCAGCUCAAAAUGGUUUGUUGUUUGUGGCAGGAUAUGUUAUGCGUAAGUGUUUGCAGAAACAUACCUGCAACAAAUGUGCUGCUUUUGCUAUCGAAAACUCAAAUUUGAAUAGUUCUUCUCAGUUAUUUUGGGGCCUAUGAGAGAGAAAAUAGAGAUUUUGGUGGUUUAUGUAUGCCUUCCGAGUCAUUUGUCACGUUCAUCAACGAAAUGAACCAAAUAUUCUCAGCUCUCUUUAGUGAAAUGCCACACCAUCCUAAUUUAGGACAUACAAUACUUUCCAAGUGUUCCGAAGUUCAGUUCUGCCACCCCUGCGCUUCAUUUCCAAAGUUGUAUGCCAUGAAACUGUUCAUUCGUAUGAUGAUUUGCCACUCACUGAAACGUGUCACCAAGGAUAAAAAAUUGCAGUUAAGCUUGGUUAAGCCAAGGCGUACAAAUAGGAAACUUGUCAAGGUUAUGCAUUCGUAAUGUAAGGAAGCAUUUAUGGUCAUUCUUUUUUUAAUUGUCUUUGAGAGAAUUUCCUUACUUUGUUUGUAAACUAUUUCAGUUCUUGUUCAUGUUGCAGUUUGUAAUAUUACCAUCAUAGCUAGCCACUUGUCUAUAA